CGGGCGCCAUCUCCCCUGGACUCCAUGUUGGUGUCGCAGUGAAGAGAGAGCGGGAGGAGGAGGAGGAGAAGAAGAAGGAGAAAAGGAGGCUCCCAGACCGCCUGGGCCCUCCCUUCUUUUCGUUUUAUCUUCGCCGCCGACUCCCCUGAAAGCAGCCCAACCCCUCCUCCCCCACCCCCCCCCUCCCCCAAUCCCCAGCCCCACACACACACAAACCCAGCAUGUACAACGGCAUCGGCCUCCCCACCCCCCGGGGCAGCGGCACCAACGGCUACGUCCAGCGGAACCUGUCCUCCAUCCGGCACAAGAAGGACAGGGUGGACUACAAGUCGGAGGAGGAGCUGAAGAAGCUGGAGUCAGGACUGGUGAAGAAGCCCAACCAGGACAUCCUGGACCAUGAGCGCAAACGCAAGGUGGAGCUCAAGUGCAUCGAGCUGGAAGACAUGAUGGAGGAACAAGGGUACUCGGAGGAGGAGAUUCAACAGAAAGUGGCUACGUUUCGACAGAUGCUGGUGGAGAAAGUCGGGAGCCAGGGCAAGGAGGAACCAAAAGCACGGACAGCGGUCAGUGAGACCCACCAACUGGCUGAAGCCAAUGAGAAGAAGAACGAGCGGCUCCGGGCAGCGUUUGGGAUCAGCGACAGCUACGUGGAUGGCAGCUCCUUUGACCCCAAGAGGCGAGCGCAGGAGGUGGCAGAGAAAGCUGAGCAGCAGAAGCAGUACGGCGGCAGCAACGUCUACGAGCCGGCCCGUUCGAGAUCACCAUCGCCGAAGCGGAGGAAGAAGAAGAAAGCUCGGAGCCGGGAGCGGUGAGUCGGGAGUGGAAGGCGCCGCGGGAAGGCGGACGUGUUUGCGAGGAGCACAGUAGGGAAGGUUCAGCUUGUCUCCCGUUCUAACUCUCACGAACCCCACUCUCCCAUCCCUCUGCUGAAGCCUCGUCUCUCUUUGUCAGCGCGCAUGAGCGUGAGAGAGCAUAUGAGCGUGCGAGCGUGUGCGCGUCUGUGUGAGUGAGCGUGCGAGCGUGUGCGCGUCUGU